AUGGGGCAAGUAAGCGAGGUUAGUGCAAAAAAUGAAAGCAAAGUUACUUCUCAUUCUCAUAUAAAGCACUUGGGAUUAUCUUCCACUGGUGUCGCUAUCACAAACGACACUGGUGGUUUCGUUGGUCAAGCAGAGGCGCGUGAAGCGGGUGGUAUAAUUGUGGAUCUUAUAAAAACCAAAAAAAUGGCAGGAAAGGCCAUUUUGCUAGCUGGUGGGCCUGGUACUGGUAAAACAGCUUUAGCUCUAGCUAUUUCGCAGGAACUUGGGCCCAAAGUUCCCUUUUGCCCAAUUGUUGGCAGCCAAAUCUUUAGUGCUGAAGUUAAAAAAACCGAACUAUUGAUGGAAAACUUUAGAAGAGCAAUUGGACUACGAAUUAAGGAAAUCAAAGAGGUCUACGAAGGAGAGGUUACAGAGCUUACACCAGAGGAAUCUGAAAAUCCGCUAGGUGGCUAUGGAAAGACCAUAUCGCAUGUAAUCCUUGGACUAAAGAGUGCAAAGGGAACCAAAACAUUAAGAUUAGAUCCAUCAAUUUACGAAAGCAUUCAAAAGGAGAGAAUAGUCAUUGGGGACGUGAUUUACAUUGAAUCUAAUACCGGUGCAGUCAAAAGAGUGGGAAGGUCAGAUGCUUAUGCGACUGAAUUUGAUCUUGAAGCAGAGGAGUAUGUUCCCUUGCCUAAGGGAGAUGUGCAUAAGAAAAAGGAGAUCGUCCAGGACGUUACUCUCCAUGACUUGGAUGUUGCAAACUCCAGGCCGCAGGGCGGUCAAGAUGUUAUAUCAAUGAUGGGUCAGUUAUUGAAGCCCAGAAAGACGGAAAUAACCGACAAACUACGGCUAGAAGUCAAUAAUAUUGUAUCCAAGUAUAUCAAUCAGGGCAUUGCGGAAUUGAUUCCAGGAGUGUUGUUUAUCGACGAGGUAAACAUGUUGGAUAUCGAAUGUUUUACUUAUCUCAAUAGGGCGUUGGAGUCUCCCAUUGCACCGGUUGUGAUAUUUGCUUCUAACCGCGGACUAACCACCAUCAGAGGCUGCGAUGCUGAUGAAAAGGGCCCACAUGGAUGCCCACCAGACUUGAUUGACAGGCUAUUGAUUGUGAGAACGCUUCCCUACAACAUACAGGAGGUGCGUUCUAUUGUGCUCAAACGAAGCAGGCACGAAAACUUGAGCCUCAGCCAGGAAGCGUUGGACAGACUUGCGUACUUGGGCUCAGCAAAGUCGUUGAGGUACUCGCUCCAGUUGCUUAGUCCCGCCAGCAUCCUCGCCGGCGUUAGUGGUCGAAACGAGAUUGCAGCUGAAGACGUGCUCCAGGCCGAGGACUUGUUCAUCGACGCGAAGAGGAGCGCCCUGAUCUUGGAGGCCAACUCAAAGUACUACUUGUGA